AUGUUUGAUAUUCACCCUUCUCACUUGCGUACACUCUCCUUAGCAGAAAUAUUUUAAGAAUUUUUUGACUUCAGAAAGAGACCUGCUAGAUAUUUUGCCAGCAGAUCUAAGCAAAAGCUCAAAAAUAAGUUAAUGAAAUAUGAUACAAAAAUUAAUUUAUUUAUGAAAAAUACAUGCUCAAUUUUUAUUUCUCUUAGCGACUAGAAAAAAAUAAUGAGAAUUACAAAUACAACUAGCAAAUUUUUCAAGUGUUCAAAUUUAUUAGAUUUAGUUGGAAAUCCAAUAGCAAUGCUCCAGCCAGAAUGGAUCUAAGAUAAAAUGUAAUAAAUGCUUACUUUACUUUAAGAUGAAGGAGAUAUGCAUUUAGUAAAGCUUGGAGAGUAUUUUACUUUCAUGCGUGAUUUAAAAUUAAAUAUUUUUCCAGUAAUCUUGAGGGCCUAAAUGUGUAUUAUUUCUAAUUAAUAGCUAGGGUUAUCUCUGUUCAUACAAAAAUUAGAUAAUUACGAAAAAUACAUUGUUUGUGACUCAUCUUAUAAAAUCUUAAAUCAUAAUGAAAAUUUUAUAUUUUAAAAUCUUAAACUAAGCUUACAAAUAUUUGAUAAAAGAGAAUCAUAAGAUUUGUUUAAGGAUAAAGACAUAAGACACCUAAUACCAUAUUUGCUUGCGCUUAAGCAAAGCGAAAUUAGUGAUGUAAAUGGAUUGGAUGAAUUUGAAGAAUAAAUAGGAAUAAGAAAAAUAUAAAACUCACAAUCUCAAAUUUACACAACUUUAUUAAUGCUACCAAAAGAUGUUGAAAAAUUUAACUGCUCAGAAAAAUUUGAUAAUAAUAGUAACCCAUAUAGCAUUGAGAAAUAUCUAAACGAAUUAGAUAUAUUUAGUUACAAUUUUUCAGUCGUGACUUUUUCUUUGUAUAAAAUAAAAGACUAAAAAAAUUAACUUAAUGACCUAUUAAUUAUUGAAGUAACAAAGAUAAAAUAAAUUAAGAGGAUAUCAGAAUUAAACGAGCAAUUAUAAAUUUUGCAGAUUAAUUUACAAAAUAAAUUUCCAACUUACAACCUAAAAGUACCAAUUCUAAGUUAAAAUUAACAUUUAGAAUAAAAAUUUUAAUAAAAUUCAUAAAUGGAUUUAGAAAAGUAGGGAUAAAAUCUUUAAAAAAUUGGGCUUAAUGAAUUAUCCGCAAAGGCAACUUAAAGUGAAUUAGAAAGAAAAGGCUUAUCUUCCCUUCUAACACAAGUGGAAAUGAAUCAACUUGAUGAUAAACAGCAUAAAUUACAGAAUGAAAACAAUAUCGAAAAUUUACUCAUUUAAAGCGAAAGCAGAGCCAAUCACUUUUAUAAUAUAAAUUCUAACAGGCAUCUUUCAAAUCCAAAUUUAGCUUAUUUAGACUUACAAUCUACGAAAAGAAUAAGUGAACAAUAGAUUAACUUAAGUAAAUAAAAUAUAAGCUACAGUUUUCAACACCUUUUGCAUCCUACUUAGACAUAAUUAGAAUCUCCUGCUUUUUAAAAUAAAAAAAUACAUAUUUUAGAAGAUAAUUGUGUAGCUUUCUAUGAGCCUAUAUACUUAGAUAAUUUUAAUGAAACUAAUCCAUAAUAAAAAUCGUCAUUAUUAUAAUUGUAGAGUCUUAGCAAAGUUGAAAAAUAAACCACUUUUAAUUAAAAUGCUGAUUUCCUAAACAAUUAAAAUAAUUAACGAAAAUUUGAUGAUGAUGAUAAUGAUGAUGAUGAAGAUGAUGAAGAACAUCAAAAUGUCUCAGAUGUUUCUAAUGCAGAUUAGGUUGUAAAUUUUGGAAUGGAAGAUGACUGCUCUGAAGAGAGCUCAACUAAGGAGCAAAAAAAGCAAGUUAUUGAUGACUCAUGUUCAAUAAAUUCUACUUAAAGCUAAAUAUUCUCUAAAAGGAGAUCACUAUUUGAUAUGGUUUUAAGAAGUAAGAAAUCUAAAGAAAUAGUUUUGGCUAAAUCAAUUGGUUUUAUAUCUUUGCUAGUUAUUCUAUUUGUUACAAUCUUUUUAUACUUUAAAUUGGAUAAUUACUUUAACUUAGAAACUAAAUACUAUUAAAACUUGCUGAUAGGACCUUAAUUAUUUGAAUGUUAUCUAUAAGUAUUGAGAGGAACAGAAAUAUAAACAAUUAUCGGAGUAGAUAAACUUUACCAUUUUUUACCAGCUUCUUAAUACAACGUAUCAGAUUUCAUGUUUGCCAAAAAUGAAAGCAUAUCCAAACUAAGUUAAAUGACAACAGAUCUUGGAAGCUUUGAAUAAAAUAUAAUUAAUAAUGGAUUGGAAGAUGAAUUAAUUAAUAAAUCCAGUUAAAUAAUUUUAGAAAAUAUGAUGGAAAAAAGUAUAUAUAACGUUACUUUUACUAGUUUGUAUUAAUUACUCAACAUCCCCUCAAAUAUGAGACAAUAUACUUAUUUUGGAACAAUAGAUUCAAGGACCUACAUUUAUUCAAAUUAUUAAUCUUUCAUUGACAUUUUUACAGGAAUUCUAGAAGUACAAGGAAACUUAGCUAAUGAUCAACUGUAAAAUACUAAAGACCUAAUCAUUCUAAGUUUUAUUAUUUAUGAAAUAGCUUGCUUAUUAUCUUCUUUGAUUAUUCUUCCUUUAUAUUAUAUAAUUUAACUUAAAAAUGAAAACAUUUUGAAAUUAUUUUCCACUUUUAAUGCUGAUUUCUUAAGGUUUAUGAUUGAAAAGUACAGAACAGCUGGUAAUUUGGAUCUCUUCAAUGUUUAAAAUUAAUAGCAUUAUAUAAAAGGCAGCUCUUUAAAAUCUAAAAACGAUAAAGAAUAAUUUAGUAUGUUUAAAAAUUAGCAUAAAAUUUAUUAAAAAAACAAUAAAAAUAUCAACACAAAUAAUUAACCACAACAAUUAAUGAAAAAGAAAAGAUAAGUUUCUAAAACAAACUAACUAUAAAAGUUUUCAGUAAAAGUUUCAAUGAUCUCAUUUCUUGUUUUUUUUACUAUUUCAAUUUAUAGUAUUCUAAAUUACAUAAUUACAAAAGAUUACUUUAAUAACUUUACUUAUAAUAUUUAAGAGCUUUCUUUAAUUGCUUAAACUAAAUCUCAACUCAGUUUAUCCUAUGCAGCAGUAGAUUUGCUUUAUAAUUCAUACGCCUAUAAUUUUAAUUAAUCUGAUGUAGAUUCAAUUCUAUAUGCAUAUAAUAAAUUUAUAGAUAACGAGCUUUAAUAAAAAAUAUAACAGUUACAAUAAAUCUAGCAAAAUUUUUAAUCGAAUAGCAGAAGCUUUAUACCAAAUUAUUAGGAUAUUUUGCUUUAAACGCUAAAUAAAAAUGCUUGUUCAAUACUGAGCUCUGAAUACAUUAACAAGUAUUCAAACUUACAAAUUGUAAAUGGAGAUAAAAAUUCUUAUUAAAACUGCUAAAAUGCUUAUCUUGGAAUACUGCCUCAAGGAUUGAUAGUGAGUCUGAAUUUAGCCAUACAAAAAUUUAAAGCAUUAGAAUAGUUAUAUAUUUCUACAAGAACUAAUGCGAAAUUGUUUUUUUAUAAAGUUGCUAUGUGGGACUUAUAGAAUAAUUUUAAGCAAUUUGACUAUCUUUAUUAUUAAGUUAGAGUUAUCUUGGAAACUUUGUCUUAAUUCAUGCUGAUUUCUUCUAAAGACUACAUAAGUUACUUAUAAUACAUACAAUUUGUUCUCUUUUUAUACAGUAUUUGUGUUACAACAAUUAUUCUCUUCUUUCUCUGGAAUAAAUAUGUAACUUGGAUUGACUAGUCAGUAUUCAAGACAAUAUCCCUCUUAAGUCUAGUUCCUAUUGAGAACUAACUUGAAAAUCCAUACAUAGUUUCAUAUUUAAACAAAGAAAAAAGUAAAAUGAAAUAAGAUCAUUGA